GUAGAAAUAUCUUUCGUAAUGGCGACUUCACUGUCAAUUCAAAGUAUCAUCAUUCUUAUUGUUUAAUGAUAAUUUCUCAUCAUAUAGUACUUUACGUGCAAGAUGGCGGAACGGAGCCAACAAGAUUUUAAUAGGAGUGCAUUGACAGUACGACGUGGGCGGGCUUGGUAUACGGGACAACGAGCAGAAAAGAUACCCGGAGGAUUAGUGGGUGUCGUUGGUAAUGAUUGUACGAGUUUAGAUUUAUCAUAUAAUGAACUAACCUCUAUCAGCUCUGUUAAACACUUCUGCAGACUACAGGAAUUGAUACUCGACAAUAAUAAACUGCGGGACCUAAAGACGUUACCUUGUAUACCAAGUUUGACCACACUCAGUUUAAACAACAACAAGAUAACAGACAUAGAUCACACGUUGAGAAGGAUACAGGAAUGUUGUCCAAAUGUGGUGUAUGUAAGCCUGCUUGGCAAUCCAGGAUGCCCCGAUCAGUUGACUAAUCCAACAUCAACCGACGACGAGGAUUAUAAUCGUUACAGGCUGUACGCGAUAUACGUAUUACCUUCGACUCUUCGCUUUCUCGAUUCACGUCCCGUAACGCGACAUGAACGAAAUGAUGCCGAAAGACGAGGAAAAUUCUCAAGGACUGUGAAAUUGGCCCCAGAAUUGUCACCGAAAUUUCUUCCGAAUCCGAUUGAAGAGUUCGACGAUAUUUUUUUCAAUGUUCAUUAUACGCCUUUGCCAAGGUCAAUUCGCGAUCCUCUUGAUCACAAAGGAGCAUUUGGAAAGUGUAAAUACCGUUACUCAGGAAAAAAUUCAGAAGGAAAUCGGUUUAUUUCAAAUAACGAUCUUUGAAUUCCCAUUUAGUGAUAACGAAGAAAGGUAAUGAAAGCGACUAAACAAAAAAGGAAACGAAAGUAACGAAAACGUACAAGAAGGAUACAGUGGUACCAAGAAAAAUUACUCGAAGAAAAUCGUAUAAAGUAUGAUCUUUCAUAUCUACAGCAAUCUAAACAAAAGAAAAACAUAAUUCGAAACAAUACCUACAAAGUAACAUAUCAAAAGCGAACGAAAACUGCGAAGUGAAAUUCUAGUUAUCGCGCAGCUAUGAACAUUUACAAAUUAGACUGGAGUAAUGGUAAGUACUAAUUUUAGAACCAAGAUUAGAUUACUUGGAACUUGUUCGCAUAUGUCCAGAGCUAGUACCUCUUGACGACCACAUAUGGUAUUGUGUCCCGCAGAAUUUAGAGUCUAAAUUAUAGACUGUGCUCUGUAAAGAGAAUGCAACGCGUCCGCAUUGGCCUUAAAGGCACUGAUUAUUUUUUCUUUUUCUUUUUUUUCUUUUUUCGAAUGUUGCUUUGAAACUAAUCGAUGUGUAGUGUGUUUGCACUACCACGUAUAUACACGAUACGUAUAUAUUUAAGUUCAACUAGGCCGAAGCAUUUCCAGCUUCCUUGAGAUGGAGACUCAUAAGGUCCGCGAACGAACAUGUCAUUUAAGUACAAAAGAAAUCACUAAGAGGCCACGACAUGCUUAGGAGCUGCUGUUUUUCCCGUGAUUAUGCAGGUUUGGCCUCAAGGUCACGGCUCCCUCGACCCAGAAGUUGGGCCUUUCAAGCAUGCUCUGCCAAAGCGACAGCUCUCGACCGGUUGCAUCCAUCCAGUCAACUGGUUUUCCGUAGUGUUUUCCUGGAAAGAUUAAUCAAUUUCUUUAAUAUGUCAAAUUAUGAUUAUUCAAAUUGAAAAAUUUAUAUGUAUAAUCAUGCAGUGUUAUAUUCGCAUUAAUGAAGAAUAAGAUAUAUUUUAAAUAUUGUUGGUUCUCACAAGUACGUGGAAUUAUUUAUUUAAUAAAUACUUUUUAUUUAA